AUGCUGUUUUUUGUGCUGGUUGCGCUGUCGCUGGCGUUGGGGGUGUGGGGUGACGAGCACAACAUCGUCAUCCCUCUGGCGUUUGAGCCGGACUCGCAGCUCAUGACCGCCACCCUGGCAGUCGGCUCGCCCGCCAACACGUACGACCUGGUGCUCGAUACCGGCUCCCCGUUUGUGGUGGUGCAAGACUCGGUGUUUCACAAGACGGCUUCGACGAGCGAUGCAGCGCAGCCCGAGAUGGGCGAUAUGCAGGGCUACGUGACCACGACCCCCGCGGGAGGCGACGGAGCACCCGUCAAGCCUACGAUGCACUUUAUCACCGAUUUGGCCUACCUCGUCCAGGGCAGUGGGGUCGAGGCUGGAGGAGGGGCUCUGGCGGGAAAUAUGACUCUGGCACUUGCCGGAUUGCCACUCAAGGCCCAGGGGAUCCUGGGUCUGACGCCGCCGUUUAACAAGGUCCAGGCAAAGCCGGGCAAGGAUGGCAAGAAGACCAAGAUUCCCAGUGCCGAUGUAUCCUUCCUGGCUUCCUACCUGUCGGACGAUGGACGGAAGCGGUUGGGCAUUACGGGUGCGUCGCAUUUCUACACUGCCAUGGCACCACCCACUGAUUCGACACCAGCAAGUGGACAGCUCGUGUUCCCUAAAGAGGGUACUACGGUACCGGCCGUGGAGGGGUAUGAUGCAGGGGCGGCGAUCACCAUCGAUCCUAAUUCCGGCUCGACGUUCCCGGGGCAUCCGUUCUGGGGCAUCGCGCACCGCCACGAUCUGCGGUUCGUCAUCGACGAUCACGUGCUGGACAGUGUGCGCAUCGAUGCACUUUUGCUCGACACGGGCACGGCGGGUGUCGUCGGUCCACCGAGCGAGGUGGCCAAGAUCAUCGAUGCCACCCAGGGUCGUCUGAAGCGCACAUCGAGCGAUUCCAAGCAAGUCGUAGCUGACGCCGCAUGCGAUCUGCCCAUCAAGCUGGGCUUUGAGAUCGGCGGUAGGCGUACGACGUUCACGGCGAUCCGCAAGCCCAGCCCCGCGGCUCCCCAGUACAUACGCAUGGCGGUCGACGGCCAAGGCAGUGAAGACGUCCAGGCGGUUCAGGCGAUCAAGUCGUACCAGACGGCGGGAGUCAAUGUGCACCUCCAACAGAUGCGCAACUCUGUCGACGCCCUGACGGGAUUGAUCGGAUCCCCAUCCGCAAGCCGCUUGCGCAGGAUGCAGAAACGAAACCCGCUCCUGCAAAACGCACACCUGGCGGAUAGCGCAGAUAGUGGCCAACGAUGCACCGUCUCGCUCACCGGCAAUCCUCAGGUCGACCAAAUGUUCCCACAAAACGGCCCCGACUUUAAAGUGUGGAUCCUAGGCACCGAGUUCUUCCAGCAAAACCUCGUGUAUCACAACAUCGACUCGGCCGUCACCACCAUCAUCCCGCGCAAGUGA